AUGCGGCGUCAGCUCUUCGAAUCUCCCCACCCGAUAACUGAUGUUGAUUUGACCGAUAAAACUGCACUUGUCACAGGUAGGAAUCAAGGCAUUGGUUUUGAGCUCGCCGACCAGCUCCUCGCCCUGAACAUCGGCAAGCUCAUUAUCAGUGCUCGACAUGAGGCCAAGGGUCAAGCGGCCGCCGAGAAGUUGACGGCCCGUUACAAGGGCAAGUCCGGAUCAGGUAGUAGCACUAUCAUUGAGGUCUGGAAGCUGGACAUGCUCCAGUACGACACCAUUACUAGCUUUGCGGAACGUGCAAGCCAGCUCGAGCAUCUAGACAUUGUUAUCCUCAAUGCCGGUGUAUACAGGAUCGAUAUGACCAUCAAUCCAUCUACCGGCCAUGAAGAAGAUAUUCAGACCAACUACCUCUCCACCAGCCUACUAACUCUGCUGCUCUUGCCAAUCCUACAAGCUAAGAAACGUUCGCCCAUAUCGCCUGGUCGCCUGACUGUUGUGUCGACAGAUGUGGCUUGCACGACACAGUUCGUUGAGCGCGACGCAAAUCCACUGCUAGCUGCUCUGGAUGAUACGAGCGGCAAAUGGAAAUGGGACAUGCAGGAACGUUAUGGCACUUCCAAGCUGUUGUAUCUCCUCUUCCUGACGGAGUUGACCAAGCGAAUUCCGCCGUCCGUCGCUAUUGUCAACGCCGCCUACCCAGGUCUGUGCUCCGGCUCUGGGCUGGCUCGCGAUGCCGAUGGCACUUUUAUGCGCUUUCCACUUGCCAUAUACUUUGGCAUUUUUGGGCGCAAGGCCGCCGUUGGUGCACAUGUCAUCCUCGAUGCGGCGCUCAAGAAGGGUGAGGAGUCACAUGGCGAGGUCAUCGACUUUGACAGGAUCAGACCUAAGGGCCCGUUUGUGUACUCGCCGAAGGCGCCAGAGGUCACUCAGCGUCUGUGGAAAGAGACAAUGGAGGAGCUUGCCUUUGCGGAUGUCCAGACCAUUGUCCAGAAACUUGGUGUCAGGUAG